CUAUCACCCAGGCUAGAGUGCAGUGGCGUGAUCUUUGCUCACUGCAACCUCUGCCUCCCAGGUUCAAGCAGUUCUCCUGCCUCAGCCUCCUGAGUAGCUGGGUUUACAGGCGCACAUCACCACACUUGGGUAAUGUUUGUAUUUUUAGUAGAGAUGGGGUUUUGACACAUUGGCCAGGCUGAUCUCGAACUCCUGACCUCAAGUGAUCCACACGUCUUGGCCUCCCAAAGUAUUGGGAUUACAGGCGUGAGCCUCCACAGCUGGCCUAUUUUGUUUUUUCAUAGGAUGGGGUCUUGCUAUGUUGCCCAGGCUGGUCUUGAACUCCUGGCCCCAAGUGAUCCUUCCACCCCUGCAUCCCAGAGUAUUAGAAUUAUGGGCAUGAGCCACUACACCUAACUGUUUUCUCAUUUUCUUUUUUUUCCUUUUUUUUUUUUUUCUUUUUUGAGAUGGAGUCUCACUCACUCUGUCUCCGAGGCUGGGGUGCAAUAGCCUGGUCUUGGCUCACUGCAACCUUCGCCUCCUGGGUUCAAGCAAUGCUCCUGCCUCAGCCUUGCAAGUAGCUGGGGUUACAGCAUCUGCCACAAUGCCCAGCUAAUUUUUGUAUUUUUAGUAGAGACGGGGUUUCACCAUGUUUGCCAAGCUGGUCUUUAACUUUUGACCUCAGGUGAUCCACCUGCCUCGGCCUCCCAAAGUGCUGGGAUUACAGGCGUAAGCCACCACGCCCAGCCUGUUUUCUUAUUUUCUGGAAGAAAAUCUUUGUUUCCUUUCAGGUACCUGCUGUAUUUUCUUCUAAUUAAACUUCAGUUUUCUCCCUCUUGACUUCACUCCUACCCACCAUUAAAUCAAUGUAUUUCCUCUAAAUCACUCAUUCCAAAGCAUUCUUACACUUAUGUUCCUUACCAAUUUCUAACAUUAUUUUCUAAUUAUUUGCACUAGCCAAAGUGUUAAUCCCAGCACUUUAAUCUUUAAUAAUUUAUUUAAUAAAAAGGAUAGGUAUGUUUGGCUUUUCCAAACUAAAUAUUAUUUCUCCUUCCCUUGAGAAACAUUAUUCUAAAUUAUUUUCUUUAUUUUCCAAAAUUCAAAUGUUAGGAUAUCAUGCACAAAGGAAUAGAGUUGGCUAUUUUAACUCUAGGGCAUUUUAACUCUAAUGCAUUUGAUUUCUUGGUUCUGUAAAUAUGUGGUAAGAGCUACUGGGACACAGUUAAAGCUUUUGCCUGCAUAAUAUUCUUCUGUAUUACUAAGGAGAGACAUUUUAGAGUUAUAGUAAUGAGAAUAUGGAAUAAAUAAUGACAAUCAGGUUUUCUAUUUUUCUGUACUGCAAUUUCAUUUUUACACUAAACUUUUUUAAAGACACACCUCACCAUUUACUAUGUGACAAUCACUGUUAUAAGUUAUUAUGUAUAUUAGCUCAUUUAAUCUUCAUAACAACCCUACGCCGUUAGUGGUAUUAUCAUCUCCAUUUUAUAUUUGAGGAAAAUGAGACACAGAGAGGUUCAGUUACUUGUACAGGUUGCUUGGUUAAUUUCAGGGAGAAGGCAUGGUAUGGAUUGGUUCUUAUAUCCAUAAAUUAUAAAAAUCACCCUGUAGUUCAUCUUCUUUUCUUUGUACUUUAUACUAGAAUAAAUUGUACCCUGGAGUUUAUUAGUAAGUAUUCAGAGACAAGUUUCAGAAUACCAGUAAGCCAGAUCUCUGGAAAUAGUAGUCCCUUUAUAGGAACAAGUGGUCCAGUCUAGCCUAGCUUCCUUUGGCACUGGCCAGUUGGUUUGCCAUUGAGAGCAAGUUCUGAAUGGAAUACCAUACCACUUUUAAAUCAACAAAAUAGUGGUGCCUAAAUGGUGGCAAAGCAAAUAGGUUUAAAGAAAGUGACAAGCCAUUCUUAUGAUUAUUGAUGUAAAAGUUCUUAGUGAAAUAUCAGCAUAUGUAAUCCUCCUCAAAGUAAUCAUAUUUCUAUAUUGGGUAAUCUACUAGUAUAAUUCACAAUAUAAGUUAAAAAUUUGUGAUCAUCUAAUAGAUCAUUUUAACUUAAUCCACAUUUCUCAAUUUUUUCUCAAUCUUUUAUGUAGGAGAAAAAUGUAUCUCUGUAAAUGAUUUUCAAAGGCUGUAUGUAGUGUGGUAUGUAUAUGUAUAGAUGUAUAUAAAGUUAUAAUUACAUAGAGCUAACAUAUGAGGGCUUACUAUAUGCCUUGCACUGUUCUGAGAGUUUUAUAUUUAUUAGCUCAUUAAAUUUCAAAACAACCAUAUUUUAUCCUUUUUUCAACAAUUGAGGAAACUAAGGCAUGGGGAGGUUAAUUUGUCCCACAUGAGAUAUACAUAUAUAUAUACACACACGUAUAUAUAUGUAUAUAUAUACACACACACGUAUUUUAUGUAUAUACACAUAUAUAUAUGUUGUAUUAAAACACUAGAGUCAUUCCCAAUAAUAUCAGAAACAACACAAAAUCACCCUUGUUCUUUAAUAUUGUAAUGCACUGGAACAAAAGCAUGGAUCAAGAGAUAUAAAAAUUGAUAAGGAAGAGGAAAUCUGAUUAUGUUAUAUUAUUAUAUAUACCUGCAAAACCCAAGCACCUCAGUGAAACACUACCAUUAAGAAUUCACUGAGACAUGUAAAACUUUUUCACUGAAGUUUUAUGUACAAGAAUAGGUGUUUCUUUAGACACCAACAAUAACCAGUUAGAAAAUAUAAUGGGGGAAGAAACACCUCCAAUCGCACCAGCAAGAACAAAAAGCAAAAUAUUUUAAGAAAAGUUUAUUAAGAAAUACAAGCCGUGCGUGGUGGCACACACUUGUUAUCCCAGCACUUUGGGGGGCCAAGACGGGUGGAUCACCUGAGGUCAGGAGUCCGAGACCACCCUGGCCGACAUGGUAAAGCCCCGUCUCUACUGCAAAUACAAAAAUUAGCCAGGCAUGGUAGCACACACCUGUAGUCCCAGCUACUCAGGAGACUAAGGCAGGAGAAUUGCUUGAACCUGGGAGGUAGAGUUUGCAGUGAGCCAGGAUGGCGCCACUGCACUCCAGCCUGUCUGACAAAGUGAGACCCUGUCUCAAAAAAAAUUAAAAUAAAAUAAAAUAAAAGUUUAAGAAAUGUAUAAAUUCCCCAUAAAGAAAUCUAGGGAACACUAUUGAAAGAUUUUAAAAUUUUCAAUGAACUGUCAUUGAUUGAACAAUUUAAUAAGUCAGCAAUGCUUUUUAAGCACCUAUUACUGCAGCACGAUCUCCAUCAAACUCUCAACAGCUUUUUGGUUAAAGCUUGUCAAAGCAAUUCUAAAGAGUAUCUGGAAGCAUGCACGUGCAAAAAUAACCAGGAUAAGAAUAUGAAAAUGAGAAGACUUGCACACAGGGUACCCAAUAUAUUACAAAUCUAGUUACAUGUGCUGCAGGCACAGAAAUAGCAAAAGAUCAGUGGAACACAACUGGAAGUAUGGAAGUAAGCCCAAGUUGAAAAGAUAUUAAUAUAAAAUAGGAUCAUCACUCCUCUUCUCAAAACCCUCCAGCAGUUUCCCAUCUCAAUAUAAAAGCCAGUUACUUCAUGUGACCUAAAACCUUGCUACUUAAAGUAGUGGGGUCCAGGGACCAACAGCAACAGCAUCACCUAUGAAAUUGUUAGAAUGUGGAAUCUCAGACUCCACUCCAGAUAUCCUCAGUCAGAACCUUCAAGACCCUUAUAUGAUUCAAAUGCAGUUUAAAGCUUGAGAAGCAUUGCCUUUUAAUGCACUACAUGACCUGACUUCCCUUAACCUUGCCUUUCCUGCUUCUUCUGGCUCUUCCCUUGGAGGCUCCUGACCACCUUGCUGUUCCAUGGCACACCAUGCACACUCUCAUCUCACAGCUUUGUUCCUGUUUGUCUUCAUCCGUUCCUGCUGCUAUCACCAAAUACCUUACACUGGGUAAUUUAUAAAUAAUAGAAAUGUAUUGCUCACAGUUCUGGAAGCUGGGAAGUCCAAGAUCAAGGUGCUGGCAGCUUUGAUGUCUGGUGAAGUCCUCUUCCUCAUCAGUGGGGUCUUGUCACUGCAUCCUCUCAGAGUGAUAGCGGGGCAAAGGAGCUUGCUCAAGUCUCUUUUAUGAGGGCAGUAAUCCCAUUCACAAGUGCGGAACCUUGUGAUUUAAUCAUUUCCCAAAGGCCCCACCUCUAAUACUAUCACAUUGGAUGUUAGUUUCCAAUAUAUGAAUUUUGCAGGGACACCAACAUUCAGAUCAUAGCCCUGUUAUACAUAUCCUUUCACUUUGUUUAGGUAUCUGCAUAAAUAUCACCUUAUUUAAGAUGCCUUCCCUGAUUUAUAAUUACUUACCAUCACCUGACAUGUAUUUAUUAUUUAAAUUCUCUCCCCUGCCUCUUAAAACACACUGCACUGAAACCUUGGGGAGAGGAGAGGACUUGCUUUGUUCUUACUGUAGCCUCAGUGCUUGGCACCUAGGAGGUGCCCAUUUGCUAAGGGAAAUGGUCUCUGGUCACAACAUUUUUAUCAGCCUAUCAAUAUAUACCCUUGUUUUAUGUGUGUUUCUGUUUAAAGACGCCUUAUUUAAUAUAUAUUGUUGAUUCAUUAACAUUGAACUGAUGGCCAACAGCACUCUAAAUUACACCUGAACAAAGCCCAUCUAACAGUCAUAUUUUCUCUAUAAGACACAUCACAGCCUUCUUGCACUUAGGAACACUGGACAGCAUUUUGGCUACACUCGGGGCCAUUUUAAACAGCAAAUUCACCAACAAAACACAAAAAUGGGGAAAACGUAGCACUAAAUAGACUUCAAAGAAGAGGACACUUGACUUGUUUACAAAGACAUGAAACACUAAGGCAGAGCUUCUCAUUCAGCCUCUGCUGGAACAUAUGCCUUGGGGAACUCAAAUUUUUCACCAUUCUCCCUGCACACUUGUCUGUGGAAUGACCUAAAAAUCACAAGUGUUAAUUUAGGGGUUACAAAUAAGUUUUAGCAAGUAGGCAAAUUUGCAAAGAUGGGGAAUCUGCACAUGAUGAGGAUCAGCUGUGUGUCAUUUUUCAAUCACUGUGUAUUGAGUUUCUACUGUGUGCCAUGCUCCCAGGAUUAUGCAGCACUUAAAACAUUGAUCAGUUCCUAUCCAUAUGCCAGACCCUGUGCAAAACUCAAAUAAUUUAAAGAUGAAUUUAACAGUGUUUCAGGUAUGGCUGAGUCAGGUAUUUAGCUAAUCUUCAAUAAUAAUGGGUAGGAUUUUAACAGGUGAAACUGUGGAGAAAAGUACUUGGGAAGAAGGAAACUCUUAAGUCAAUUUCCGUAACCUUGGCUACAUAUUAGAAUCACUUGGGAAGCUUUUAAAAUGCCUCUGGCCAGGCUUCAUCCAGACUUAUAAAAGUAACAUCUCUAGGUGGGACUUUGGUAUCAAUAUAUUUUAAAUCUCCUGAGAUGAUAUCAAUGUAUAUCUAAAAUUGAGAGAACUGCUGCUUUAAGUACCUGUGUUUGGCUGGAGAAUAGGUUAUGUGAGGGAAGUAAACAAAUAAAUCCAGAAAAGAGAUUUUGGUCCAGGUAUUGAAAGGCUAUUAUUGAUUUAGCACAUUUGUAUUCACCUGCCGUGUGCUGGGCACUCUUCUAUGUGGUGGGGAUACUUCAGAAAGCACACAAGAAUCCCGGCCCUGUUAGAGCUAACAAUCGAAAUGCUUUGGCAGCUGUUCAGGAUGAGUCAUAUUCUAGAUUUAACUUUUUAUAGUAUAUGAUGAUUUGUAUUUAGAAGGAAUCUUGUCCUAAAGGCUCAGAAUUCUUAAUUUAAUGCCUAAAAUAUUACAUCACCUUUUGAUAUGUAUAGAACUCUAAAGAAAAGUUUUGUUAUAAACUUUCGUGCUAAUCUCACUGAGUGUUUUUUAACACAGCCGUUCCUUUUUUUUUUUCCUAGCCUCUUGCACAUCAGCACACUUGUCUAAAAUCAGUAGUAUGCAGUUAUUUAAAAUCAGUAGUGUGAGGCCAUUGGAAAUUAUAACUCAAGCUUUUCAUUUUCUCAUCUUACAAGAUGGGAAAUGUGCAGAUGAGCAGCACAUACCAGGUGGUGGCUGAGGAUGUCAGAGAGUGGCAUCCAAAGGAGAGAUGAGAUGAGGUCUGACCGGGCUUUGAUGGUGAUAUUGUGAAUAUUAUUACCAUACAGUGUCAUUUAACUACCAUCAGUUAUUUUAUAAUUUCAGGAUGUCUUAUAUAGACAUUUUCUUUUGUAUAAAAUUACACAUUUUUGGUCAUCUUUUUCUGACAAUUUCAGUUAUACUUAAUAUAACCACGAGUGUAUUUUGUUAACAUGAAUAAUAAUCAUGUGCCUUCUGCUUUAAAAAAAAAAAUCAUACAUAGUCCUCCCUUAUCCUCGAAGGGUAUGUUCCACGAACCACAGUGGAUGCCUGGAACUGUGGCAUACAUAUAUAUACAAAUGGUCCCCAAUUUAUGGUUGUUCACCUUAAGAUUUUCAACUUCAUGAUGGUGCGAAAGCCAUAUGCACUUGCUAGAAACUGUACUUCAAGUACACAGAUACCAUUCAAGUGGGUUUCUCAGGACAUAACCGCAUUGUAAGUCAAGGUGUAUCUAUACUACGUUUUUUCAUUUCUCCUCAAGCCAGCUAACAGGCAGGUAGGGUCUACAGUGUGGAUACACUAGACAAAAGGAUAAUGCAUAUCCUGGGUGCCACAGAGCAAGCGGGCAGUAGAUUUUCUUGUACUACUCAGAAUGGCACACAAUUAAAAAUGUAUUAAUUUAUUGUUUAUUUCUGGAAUUGUUUAUUUCUGGAAUUUUGCAUUUAAUAUUUUCAGACCAUAGUUGACUGUGGGUAACUGAAACUGAGGAAGGUGAAAUGUAGAUAAAGGGGGACUACCGAAUGUCCUCUUUGACUCAUGAGUUUUCUCUUCCCAUACACUUGCUGCCUUAGAACCUAUUACAUCAGCACUUUGGAUGUCAUUUGCAUUCCUUGUACUUUUCUAAAAUUCCUCAUUCUGUGAGUAUUUACAGGUUUUGUAGGAAUUGAAGAUAAUCUUUUUUAAGAGCUAUUUGCUUAAUGAAUUUUUUAAAAAACACUAAAUGGGAAACUAAUCACUGGGAAAUAUUUGGAUGAAGUCCCGGGAUAUGGGUUAUAUUUUCAUUUAAAAUGAAUGUAGAAGAGUUUCUUUGUCUUCAGACCAGGGAAAGGAAUGCUGUUUUUGUGGAUUUAUUUUGUAUUUGUUUCUGGUUCCUAAACAGAAUUGAAGGUUAUCUACUCUUGAUGACAUAGUAUGGAAAGAUUUUCAUAAACCUUAAGAAUUUUGACUUUGAGGAGCAUUGUCUUUCUUGUGACUGAAUUUUUUUCUUCCUUUUUGAACUUAAUCCCUUCAAAUGUGUUAGACAAGUGGUCUGAUUAGAGUUAAUUCAUAUAGUUUUUAUUACCCUUUAUUUUUCUUAGUAGUUCUUCAUAACAAAACUCUUUUUAUUCUUGAUUAUUGUUGGAGUUUGAGGGGUCUUUUUCCUGCUUUAUUUCUCAACCAAUUGAGAAACAGACAAAGGAGCCAAGCACAUGGAGAUCAAAAUAGCAGCCCUUUCCAUCCAUAGAACUAUUGGAGAGAAGGUGAUUUAAGAGAACAGUAUAAAGAGCUUAGUAACACUGAACCCCAGAAUUAGAUUUAACCAUCCAGUCCCAGGCCAUGCUGGAGAGCAAAGCACCCAAGUAUUUUCUGCUUGUGGGCAGAUCUCAAAGAGAAAUGUGCAGUUGAAAAGGACUGGUCCUCACAGACUUACCCAUCAAAGUCAUCCUCAAGUGGGGAGGCAGAAGCUGCAGUGGAACUUCUGCAGGUGCAGCUCUAGUUGAGAAGCGAAUCCAGAGGAGACUGCGGGAAAAGACCUGUCAUCACUGGGAGGCUUGAGCUUCUUUGAAUGUUGGAAGCAGCCCCAGUGGCAGUAUCAGGGCUACAAGAACUUUGCCUAUGGCCGAGGGCUCUGAUAAACUCACCCUGUCAUAGGGAGAAAUAAAGACUAGCAGAGCAGCAUUUUUGUUCUCAUGAAUGCCUGCAUUCAAAUCUGCAGGGGCCUAUUUUUUUUUUAUUGGUCAAUUUUUCACUUGAGGAUCUUCUAGAGAUCAGCACACUGCUGCAUGUACUGUGUAGAUUAUGGGAGAGUGAAUGGUUCUGCUCUCAAGAAGCCUACAUCCUGGUUCAUAAAUAAAUGCUAAAUUGUACUGUACAGACUAUUCAUGUUAUAGAAGUUUGAAGGAAUUGGAAAGCAAUAAAAAAAACUGAACUAGUCCAAGAAGGCUUUAUGGAAAAAAUAAGCCUUGAGCUGGGCGUAGAACAAUAGAUUUGAUCUGGAUAGGUGAGGCAGUAGUGCAAGACAACACUUAAGGCAAAGAGACAUCUGUGCCCUCACUUUUGCUGUCCCUUCACCUUAAGUGGGAAAUUAGAUUACAAGGCCAGAGGAGGCCCCGUUUGUAGACAGAGCCUCGAAAACAAAACAAAGCAGAGGACCAGAGACUUCUGAUUUGCAGCUGAGAUUUUUUUUUUUUAAGCAGAAGAGUGAUGUCAUUGAAAAUUACUUUGGCAGGGAGGUACCUAAGGGAUAUUCAAGGAAGGAGAUAAAUUAAGAAACAAAAGUAAUCUAAGCCUGGGGGAAUAAAUGCUUAGCCUAAGGGAUGCUCAUGGCCAUGGGAAUGAGAAAAUUGAGAAGAGAAAAAUAAUCAAGAAUUGAUUAACUGGAUCUUCAGUAUGUAUUAAAUGAAUGAAACAAUUGAGAAAUAGACAAAGGUGUCUAUGAGGUUUUAAGAAUGCACUGUUGCAACAACGAUAGCUACUCUUAAGGGAAAUUGGGAAUGAGAUACACUGUUGCUCAUAGAUGUGAAAAUGGAAGUCAAGCAAUACAUAUGUUCUUCAAGACUGAUAAGUUUGUUCCAUUUCUACUUCCUUUUUUAAGUCAUUUGGAUGGAUUGUAUGGGAACCAUAUAGAAUCUCUCACUAGUGUGUGUGUGUGUGUGUGUGUGUGUGUGUGUGUGUGGUUUUUUAUGUUUGUUUGUUUUGAGAUGGAGUCUCACUCUGUCGUACAGGCUGGAGUGCAGUGGUGUGAUCUCAGCUCCCUGCAACCUCCACCUCCUGGGUUCAAGGGAUUAUCCUGCCUCAGCCUCCCGAAUAACUGGAAUUACAGACACAUGCUACCAUGCUAAUUUUUUUGUAUUUUUAGCAGAGACGGGGUUUCACCAUAUUGGCCAGGCUGGUGUUGAACUCCUGACCUCAAGUGAUCUGCCCGCCUUGGCCUCCCAAAGUUCUGGGAUUGCAGGCAUGAGCCACCAUGCCCAGCCUCUCUAAUGUGUUUAAUGUCCUUCCGUACUGGGUGUCAGAUGUUCUGUCCACAUAGCAUUUUCCUGCUCUGCUUCUGUUAAUAUCACCCCACCUAAGGAAUGCCCCCCCACCAUCUCCUUACGGCCUGACAGGGCAGCCCAUCAUGGCCCCACAUACAUCUGGCCACAGUAGUAGGGCAAAGGGGUAAGUAACAUGAUUUCAGCUGUGCUCAUCAGAUUCUCUGUCUCAGGAAUUUGAACCUUGAAUGGAGAACACAAGGUCAGAGAACAUAGUGCUGGAAUCAUCAGAGAGAGAUAGAUAGUCUAGAAGCUCUGCAACUGAAACCCGGGGUUCAGUCCUCGUCUCUGACCUGAAGGCUUGAAUGUUGAGUUCUCUUUCUGACCCUGAGAGCUCCUUCAUGUUCUUCCAAUAAAUGUCCCAAGCCCUUUUCCAAAAGGCCUGUUUUUCUUGCUGAUGAAGAAAAGAGUAAAUUGAUAUGCAUCUAUUAUAUCUUAUUCUUUUUGCCUUUUAAUUUUUAUUUACCUGUUGGUAGUUGCUUAGUAUUUUUAGGAGCAAAUAUGAUUUACAAAAAAAUAUGAGUUCUGAUACAAUUUCUUUUAGGAUUUGGAUACGAAAAGUAGUUGUUGUUUUCUUCUUCCUUUUUUUUUGAGAUGAGGUCUCACUCUGUUGCCCAGGCUGGAGUGCAGUAGUACAAUCACAGCUCACUGCAGCCUUGAACUCCUGGGCUCAAGUGAUCCUCCUGCUUCAGCCUUCCAAGUAGCUAGAACUACAGGCACGUGCCACUAUGCCUGGCUAAUUUUUUUAUUUUUUAUUUUUGAGAUAUAGGAUCUCCCUAUGUUGCGUGGGCUGGUCUUUAACUCCUGGGCUCAAGCAGUCCUCCUGCCUCAGCCUCCUGAAGUGCUAGGGUUAUAGGUGCGAGCCACUGCACCCAGCCGUUUUUCUUUCUUGUUAUUAAAAUACCAACAGUUUACUUAAUGGCUAUGGAGGUAACUAUAUCAUGGUGAUAAUUUUAAUCUACCUUCCCCUCAGCCCCCACUUCCAGUAAUGAGAUUAAUGUUAACAGUAAGAAAUGGCAGAGAUGGCCAUGUUACUGGAGGAAGUAUGAGCAGAAAAUGUGUUUGGAACUUUUUUCAUUUGCACUGCAUGUUCCAGUAAUGCUACUUUCAUUGAUUUUUGUUGUCCUCCUUAUUGGUUAAUAAUAUUAGUUAUUUUCUACCCAAUAUUCAUAUUUUAAUGAAUAAGUACACUAAUAUUAAUGUUCUUUUUCUACCCCAUAUUAAUACUUUUCCAUUUAUGAGCUUUAUUUUAUAUAAACUCAUUUAUAUUUGAUGAUUUAUUUUAAACAUAUGAUCUUGAUUACAGUUGAGAUCUUUUUUCUUACGGUUAAUGUUAAAUAUAAAGGUAUAUUUUUCCAGAAGUUACUAUGGGUGGAUUGUAUUCAGGGCUGGCUUAAAAUAUGGGCUAAUGUUGGGACUUUCGGUGUCUGCCUCUUCUCUGAAAAGUGGCAUGGUUUCAUGGACAGAAAGGAGUUAGGAGAAUGUCUAACACUUUCAACAGUACUUUCUGGAAUGGGCAUGUCUCAGAUGUUUAUCAGGUUCUUGAUACAUUUGAUCCUACGACUUUCUGUUAACCAGCGCUCCCUAGAUCUACAGCAAUUUAUUUGUCUUUAAUUCAUACAGGCAAUAUUCUUAGCAUUGUUUUGUGGUUUAAAGUUAGUCUUUAACACUUUUCAAAUAGCACUCAGAAGAGUAGCUUUCUACAAGAGAGCUCAUGGCCUGUCUGACUUCCUAAAUAUAAUAACUCUCAGAUAUUAGAGUUAAUGCCUAUUUGAUUUUUUACUCUAUUCUUUUACACUAUGUGUAUGAAUUAGCUUUUGUUGUUUUGGUGGUGGUGGUUGCUUCUUUUUUUAACACUCAAAAAUAAUAGUUUUUGGUUAAAAUUUUAAUUUCAUCGUUUUGGGGACAGUUGGGAAAAUCUGAUAUAAUAAUCUUACUUCCAUGGUGUUAUCAUUAGGAUCAAAAGAAAUUAUAGGCCGGGCGUGGUGGCUCAUGCCUGUAAUCCAAGCACUUUGGGAGGCAGAGAUGGGCAGAUCACAUGAGGCCAGGAGUUUGAGACCAGCCUGGGCAACAUGGUGAAACCCCAUCUCUACUAAAAAAUACAAAAAUUAGCUGGGUGUGGUGGCUGGGGCUUGUUGUCCCAGCUACUUUGGAGGCUGAAGCUUGAGAAUCCCUUGAAGCUGGGAGGUGGAGGUUGCACUGAGCUGAGAUUGUGCCACUGUACUCCAGCCUGGGCAACACAGUGAGACUCUCUCUCAAAAAAAAAAAAAAAAAAAAAAAAGAUUACAUAUUAAAGAGAGUGGUCCCAGGAAGUGAACUCAGAUCACUGCUGGCAAAGAUAAUUGAUGCCAUACCCCCACAUCAAAGCUUACUUGUUUCACAUUCAUACGUCAGAAAAAGUACAAGCCCCUCUCAAAUGGUUGAAGUUUCAAAUAUUAGACCCACCCUUGGCAAAGACAGAUUUUAGUAUAAUACUCCUAAAACUACACUGUCUUUUUUUUUCUGUCAUAAGUGUGCAUUGUGCUCAGUCAUUUAUUGCAGUGACCCAAACAGAGCCCAGUCCAGCUGUUUGUAUUUUCCCUGCAGUGGAAAGUGGACUAGGGCCAUGUGACUAAGAAAGCCAGCCUGGGGGCUGUCUUUUCACCUACAGAUGUUUUAAUGUGCUUAACAUUAUCCAAUACUAGCAACCUAGAUAGUCUAAAUACCACAGCGGGAUCUGAUUAGCUUUUUCAGAUCACUGCCUUUAUUUGCUGUUUGCAAAAAAGCUUAAUCCAGUGCUAGAGAUCAGGCUUCCUGCUGAGCCCUAGGGUAGUUUCUCUCAUUCUUUGUGUUCACAGUGGCAGGCAUUAGUGAGCAGAUUCCUCCUCCUCCUAAAUUAAAGCUGUAAAGUAGUAACUAUAGUAGCAAGGGAUAAAGAGAAAACCCAAGGGAAAAAAGAAGACUGUCUAUUCAUACCAAGUAGUUUCCUUGAUAUACACAAAAGAAAGAGUUUCUAAUAUGAAUUAAUAAAUACUGACCUCAGUGUCUCUUCUAGUCAGUGCACAGCUAUUAAGUUUUAUUAGGUUUCAGUUGUAAGUACUUUGUGUGGAUAUAUGUUACGUUUUUCAUAUUUAUCCUACUCAAUCAAUCUCAGUUUUACCAGAAGAAUUACAUUUAUUAGCCAUAACAGUGGCCUUUCUCUUAUUCCUUUCAGGGCUGAUAUCUUUUUUACUCAUGAGAUUUCAAAAAGAACUAUCACCACCACUAACAAAAAAAAAAAAAAGAGAUAAAGUCUUUCUUCAUUUCUGGGACAUCCAUUUGCUUACCCAAUAUGUGACAUUUGAAUUCUGUGUAAUUCACAUUGUAAUUUGCAAUAAGCGAUAAUACUAGAGAUGCUUUAUCUUGAUCCUUGAUGGGUUUAUGAAAUGAGACCAUCGCCUUAACUGUUUCAACAAUACUGCUAUAACCCUUAGCAGAAGAAAGAAUAGGUCUUACUUUAGAAAUUAGUUUGUCAUUCAGAACCUAGUAAUUAUAUUUAGUUCAAAAAUAUUUUCACUGAUUUUUAAAUUUCCUACCAUUUUUAGAAUGGCAUACAUCAAUAAAAUAUUGGAACUCUUGAGGAAAUAUCUGUAAACGAUGAGCUGUAAUAUGGUACUUUAUCUUUUAGUUUUCUUUCUGGAAACAAUAAUAAUUUUCAGUUUUUAGUAGGCAUAAGGAGUGUUUUCAGUGCAAUAACUGAAAAAUCUUAACCAUGUAGAUCUUCUUAUUUAGUAAAUAGAGACUAUCUCAUUUGCAUUUGAGUAGGCACAAUAAGGACAAGGCCAGGAGUCCCAAACUAGUGUUACUUUUUUCCAACUAUUCACAAAUGAUCCUAAUUGUGUGUAGCUUCUGUAUUUGUGUAUAAAAGGAGAUUGAUUUUGAUUGUUUUGGGUACUUUUUAUAUCUUUAGAAUUCAUGAUCAUAUAAUGAAGAAGUCUAGGCUCUGCAUAAAUCAGCCUAUAGCAGAAAAUUGUAUGUAAAGAGCAGUUCUUUGCCUUCACUGUUUUAAUUGGCACUGGAAUGAAAAGGGAAUGUGCGUGCUUGUGUUCUACAUCACAUAAGUAAAUAGCAGAACAGCUAUAGAUUUCCUUUUUCUUUAGUAGGGAAAUAUCCUUACAAUGCCUUAUAGUAUUUACAUUUUGAUUGAUUUUUUUUUUGUUCAUAAACAGAGACCACUCCAGGUAUAACUUAUGCAGCCCACAAAGGCAAGUAGUACAUAGUAUUAUACAUGCUGCAACCUGAAACUUUGAAAUAAAUCUGGGAUAACAAGUUUACUCACCAAAGGGGCUUAUUUUUAUAUACUUUAUACACUACAAAAAGUCAUAGUAUUUAUAAUGUUAACUUGUUCCUGAGCUGAAAUUUGAGUAUUACAUCUUACAAAUUUUAUGAAAUACAAAUACUUUUAAACAGUUAUGUUGUAUAUUAAAAUAUAAUGAAAGACUUUGCUUCUCUUUAAUUAUGUGGUUAACUAGUAUCCAUAGUAAAAAAAAUUUUACACUGCUAUUGGCAUACAUAGGAUAGGUUAUUCUGAUGAUUUUAAGUUGAAGUUAAAUAAUUCUGUCUAAAUGUACAGUUUAGGUGACUCAUUUGGCACAAAGUUAGACAGAACUUGUGUUUUAUCUACACUUUCAGUGAAUUUUUAAAAAUCAGUUCUAUUUGUGAUCUCUUAAGUCUUUUUGUUUUGCAAUUGUAUUUUCAUCAUCUCUUCUUUUUGUUUUCUUGUCUUGCAACAAAUUAACAAAUACUUAAAAAUACACACUUUCCACUAUUUCCAGGGAAAUAGUUUGACUAUACCCUUCUGUCUCAUUUCACCAGUAACUCAUUUAUUAAAGAUGGGGAUUACUGCAAUAGUUAAUUGCUACUUUGACACACUUCAUUUUCUUUAAUAAAAAUGAAAAGCUAGAAGACUACAGUAUAGCCUUAACUUUUUGAAAACAUGCAACUUUUACUACUUUAAAAUAUAAUUGGUUUCUUUGUUUCAUGCAUUAAAAACAAGGAGGAAAAACUGAAGUCUGCCCAAGCCAGGUGUUUCUUGUUGGCAGCCUGCUCUCUAAUGACUCCGCUCUCAUAGAGCAGCUGCCUACUAGUCAGCUUUGUAUGGCCUAUUGUUGCUGCACACCCCUUGUUAAUACACAUGCUGCCCGGGGCAGACCCUGCGAAUGACAUCAACUUGCUUAUCUUAGAAACCUACGAACCUGACACAGGGUGCUGAGGUUGUCUUGCAUCUGCCCGGCCAACUAAUUGUGAGCUUUCUGGCCUAUGAUUGGCUGUUAUUCCACUCGAUAAUAGGUUAAGCAAAGACAUUGCCAUUCCAUCUGUUCAACCAUUCAUUGUUCUUCUUGCCUGCCUGGAAGUCUGCAGCUAAAAUUGUGUUAAGGAGUUUACUGCUGAAGCUGCUACAGAAACCAAUGUCUUUGUAUUUUCCUGCUAACGAAUACGGGGUGCUUUGCAUUCAGGAAUACAGAAAAAACAGCAAAGUGGAGUCAAGUACACGUAACAGCUUCAUGGGCUUGAAGGAUCACCUAGGGCAUGACCUCGGCCACCUUUAUGUGGAGAGCACUGACCCACAGUUAAGUCCAGCUGUACCUUGGUCAACAGUAGAAAACCCAAGUAUGGAUACCAUUAAUGUGGGGAAGGAUGAAAAAGAGGUGUCUGAAGAGAAUGCAAGCUCUGGUGACUCUGAAGAAAACACAAAUUCUGAUCAUGAGUCAGAACAAUUGGGUAGCAUUUCAGUAGAGCCAGGCUUGAUAACUAAGACUCACAGACAACUCUGCAGGUCUCCCUGUUUAGAGCCUCACAUACUCAAGCGCAAUGAAAUUUUGCAAGACUUUAAACCUGAAGAGUCCCAGACUACAUCCAAGGAAGCAAAGAAACCCCCUGAUGUGGUACGAGAAUACCAAACAAAACUGGAGUUUGCACUUAAGUUAGGUUAUUCUGAAGAACAGGUUCAGCUUGUACUAAACAAACUUGGUACUGAUGCUUUAAUCAAUGAUAUUUUGGGAGAACUUGUCAAACUUGGAAAUAAAAGUGAGGCUGAUCAAACGGUUAGUACAAUUAACACUAUAACACGGGAAACUUCUUCCCUGGAAUCUCAGAGGUCUGAAUCUCCAAUGCAAGAGAUUGUAACAGAUGAUGGUGAAAAUCUGAGACCAAUAGUUAUUGAUGGCAGCAAUGUGGCAAUGAGCCAUGGAAACAAAGAAGUAUUUUCCUGCAGAGGAAUAAAAUUGGCAGUGGAUUGGUUUUUGGAAAGAGGCCACAAAGACAUUACAGUUUUUGUUCCUGCUUGGAGGAAAGAGCAAUCCCGACCUGAUGCUCUCAUUACAGAUCAGGAAAUUUUACGUAAAUUAGAGAAGGAGAAAAUCCUGGUGUUCACGCCAUCCCGGCGAGUCCAGGGGAGGAGAGUGGUGUGCUAUGACGACAGGUUCAUCGUGAAGCUGGCUUUUGAGUCGGACGGUAUCAUUGUGUCCAAUGAUAACUACAGGGAUUUGGCUAAUGAGAAACCAGAAUGGAAGAAGUUCAUAGAUGAACGAUUAUUAAUGUAUUCAUUUGUCAAUGACAAGUUCAUGCCCCCUGAUGACCCUCUUGGCCGACACGGCCCCAGUCUGGAUAAUUUUCUGAGGAAGAAACCUAUUGUUCCUGAACACAAAAAGCAGCCUUGUCCAUAUGGAAAGAAGUGUACCUAUGGACACAAGUGCAAAUAUUACCAUCCCGAAAGGGGCAGUCAGCCACAGCGGUCAGUGGCUGAUGAACUCCGUGCUAUGUCUAGAAAUACGGCAGCCAAAACUGCAAACGAAGGAGGACUGGUGAAAAGCAACAGUGUUCCUUGUAGCACCAAGGCUGAUAGCACUUCUGAUGUCAAACGAGGUGCUCCAAAGAGGCAAUCAGAUCCAAGCAUAAGGACUCAAGUCUACCAAGACCUAGAAGAAAAGCUUCCCACCAAAAACAAAUUGGAAACCAGGUCUGUACCUUCCUUAGUUAGCAUCCCAGCUACUUCUACUGCAAAACCCCAAAGCACUACAUCUUUAAGCAAUGGCCUUCCAUCUGGAGUUCAUUUCCCCCCUCAGGAUCAAAGACCACAGGGACAAUAUCCUUCAAUGAUGAUGGUAACCAAAAAUCAUGGAACGCCAAUGCCUCAUGAGCAGUAUCCAAAAUGCGACUCACCUGUCGACAUCGGAUAUUAUUCCAUGUUGAAUGCAUACUCAAAUCUGAGUCUCUCAGGCCCACGAAGCCCUGAAAGGCGUUUCUCCUUAGACACAGAUUAUAGAAUAAGUUCCGUAGCUUCUGACUGCAGCAGUGAAGGGAGCAUGAGCUGUGGGAGCAGUGACUCCUACGUGGGUUACAAUGACCGGUCCUAUGUCAGCUCCCCCGACCCACAGCUAGAGGAGAAUUUGAAGUGUCAACACAUGCACCCUCACAGCCGCCUUAAUCCUCAACCGUUCCUCCAGAAUUUCCACGACCCCUUAACCAGAGGGCAAAGUUACAGUCACGAAGAACCAAAGUUCCAUCACAAGCCUCCUCUUCCGCACUUGGCUCUGCACCUGCAGCACUCCGCUGUGGGCGCCCGGUCCAGCUGUCCUGGCGACUACCCCUCUCCUCCAAGUUCAGCACACUCUAAGGCACCACACCUAGGGAGGUCCUUGGUGGCCACGAGAAUAGACAGCAUCUCUGACUCUCGACUUUAUGACAGUUCUCCUUCACGACAAAGAAAGCCUUAUUCCCGCCAGGAAGGCCUGGGAAGCUGGGAGAGGCCAGGUUAUGGGAUCGACGCCUAUGGGUACCGGCAGACUUAUUCCUUGCCCGAUAACUCCACACAGCCGUGUUAUGAGCAGUUCACCUUCCAGAGCCUCCCUGAGCAGCAGGAGCCAGCCUGGCGGAUCCCAUACUGUGGAAUGCCGCAAGAUCCCCCAAGGUAUCAAGACAACCGAGAAAAGAUUUAUAUCAAUUUGUGCAACAUCUUCCCACCUGACCUUGUGAGAAUUGUCAUGAAAAGGAAUCCUCACAUGACAGACGCCCAGCAGCUCGCCGCAGCCAUUUUAGUGGAGAAAUCCCAGCUGGGUUAUUGAAAGAUGAUGCAUCUUUGUGGUGUUUAGUAGUUUUUUGUUCAGCUCAAAUGCUGAGGGAGGUUUGCUACAAUAGCACAUGUGAUCUCCUUCUCAGCAAGGAGGUUAUAUAGUAUCCAUUUAUGUGAAAUACUGUAUCAUGGAAUCUGUAUGUAUAGCCCCACAUGGUGGAAGUAUCACGGGAUUGCUUUACAUUUAAACUUUUUUUUUAACAUUUCCUUUUUAAAGCUAUAUCCUUGGCUGGAAAUUUUUCCAGUUUGAUUUAAUAGAUGUUUCUGUGAUCUUUGAUAUUAAUCUUUGGUGCAUCAGGGGUUUAUACGCAGCACUUUUUAUCCUUGUUUUGUGUUUUAUUAACUUGGUGUUUGUCUAUCCAAUUGCAAGCAAUUACAAUACUUUCAGAAUGUGGGACAUUUGACUAGACCUAGCAAACUGUUUUUUCGAGCCAAGCUUAGUUAGACUCUUUUACAGCUUUUUAAGUUAUUUUUAUUUGGGGAAAGUGGGCUUCUUUGUGCUAUAAUCAUUAUUUAUAGAAACAAAGAUAUACUACAGCACUGACUUUAUAUUUUAAACAAAAUGUAAGUUACCAGUUUUAUGUUGAAAUGGGUUACAGUAUAUAUUAGAAUGAUUUACAAUAUGGCACUUUUCGAUGUGUUAUUUUUGUUUGGAUUUUCUUUUUCUGUUAAGAAAUUAGUUAAUUUAAUAUGGUCAAUUUAAAAGAAAGCAGAUGCAAUCAAUGGAAAAAUGUUUCCAUUUUUUAAAAAUGAAUAAGGCAAAAGCUGUAACUGUUACAGGUUAGAGCUUUGUUAUCCAGCUAUGAUGUGCUUCUUGACAGUAGAAGUGGAACUGAAUUCCUAGAUUUCCAUUAACCUGUAUUUUUAAUAUGUCUGUCUUUUUGUUUUGGGGCACAACAAUACUGGAUAAAACAACCCUUUCACAGCACUUGCCUGUUUUUAAUGAAUCUAAUUAUUCACAAUGCAACUUUUAUAUUUAACAUACUCUUUAGCUUUCCUGCUAUUUAUCAAGGCUGGCCUGAGGUGGGUUUAUGUGUUGAGGAUAUGCAACAUUUCUUGAUACUGCACUAUAGAAAUGGUGAUGGAGGAGUUGUAAAUGGUAACUUAAAAUUUUUGUAAGAUAUUGUAUAUUUUCCAUUUUCCUGAAGGUAGUUUUCUUGGGGGGCCUGUUAUAUUAUUAAGGCCAGACUCUUGCCACAAAUAGUGUAGUUUUAGAUACAGACUAAGGUCUGUUCUAGUAUUAGUAAGGGAUAUUUCUGGUUUCAAAGUCAUGGGUUUUGCUAGCGGUGAAUACAUUUCUGUGGAGUUGAAGAUAGAUUUUGCAGUCAGUGGCAGACAGUUGUGUGAUUGACGUCACUUGACUGUUGCGUCCAGGUUUUGAAUUGUACUUCAUGUAACAGAUGCAUUCAGAUCUUUUUCUGUAGUCUGCUUAGAUGCCCUGGCUAUUCUGAUUAUUCUACAUGCUACAGUUUGAAGUGAAGCCCUGAAAAACCAGAAAGUACCUUUUACUGUUGAUACAAAUUGUAUCUUUUUAACUAUAAGAACUAUUUUGAUUUGUAGAUCUAGUUAAAACACAAGUAUGUAACUAUGAUUAGACUUUUGGGCAACAUUUUAUCCCUUAUUUAAAUACAAAUUUUUAAAGUAAAAUUGAGGUCUAGAAUAGGUUAGAAAAUAAAAAUAACAAUUUAGAUAAAUGAAAGUGUCUGUCUUAGUUUUAUAUAAUAUAUUAAAACACAUUAAAUAAAUUUAUUGGCAUUUUCUUUCUCCUAAAACUUACCUAGUGUGAACUUAAAAUAAAGGUAAAAUGCUGCCUGAAAAUAAUGUCCAAGCACCUUUGACUAGGAUAACAUUUUCACUACUUGUGUGACACUGUGUGUUGCACGAAGUAGGAUUUGGGUAUACAGUAAAUGCUUCUAAAAGGCAUUGUGCAUAUUGACAUAACCAAUAAUCUGAACCGUGUUCAGCAAACUUAAUUCAGGAAAGUGGUAUUCUACACAAUUAUUGCUGUUGUGUUUGAAAUGAGCGUGGCACUCAUCUGUACCCAGAAAUAAUAUGGGUGAAGCCACACAACCCAUUCUGAGUGGUGUCUGUCUGAAAGCAACCCUACUCGCAUGUGAAAUUGUUCUCCUUGAUUUGGUCACUAUAAAGCAAGUUUAAAUGUAGAGGCUAACUCAGUGCCAAAAACAGGGUUACAAAUGUGUAAUAUCUUUUAUUUUAGUCAUAUUCUAAGACUUUUUUUUAGUAUGAAAUCACUUUUAAAUUAUACAUGUAGGUUUUGCUUCCAUUUUCUUCAUUUUACCAUUUUAAUUAUUUGAACAUUCGCCAAAUUUUACAUUUAUUUAAAUGAGAUCUUAGGUGAGAUGUGUGUGACACUUUGAAUUUGACCUCGUGUUAUUAGCUGACUAUUUGUCAUUGCCUCGUGGAUUUUAAAUUAUGGGAAAAUAGUGUAGCCAGCUGCCACCUCUACUGAAGUGAAUAGCUCUGAACUACCCACACUAAAUCCUUCAGUGUAAUUAAUUAUGAGUUUAAAAAUAGCAGUUUUCUUAUGUGAAGAGGACAAUUUGUCCCCUUUUUUGAAGCAGCAAUGUUGCGUUCAGAGCUGUAGAACGAGAUAAUUGGCAGACUUUAGGUACAGCAAAUUCUUACUUAUCUAAAGCAAUAAGUCAAAGGAGUCCAUCAUUAAAUUAAAUCCAUAGCUGAUCACAAGCCUUCAUUUUAGCCAAAACUUUCUCUCUAACCAAAUCUUUUACCAGACUUGCUAAUAAAUAACCAGAGAGAUCUGUUAAUAAGUGAAAUUGCCAGAAAUGGUCAACUGAUCGAAAAAAAAAAGAAUUCAGACUGGAGUAUUUUGCUCCUGAAUAAUUGACAGUUGACUGUACUUUACACAGUAAUUAGCCAGUCUGUUGUCUCUGUGUCUUAGUCCAGAGGGAAUAGUACCCAACUGGCCAAAUACUGGCCCUUAGUAUUUCCUCCUUUCUUGCAUGGGAUACAGAUGUUUUCAGUCUUGUUUUUAUGAUCUCUCUAUAUAUCCUGAUAAGAGUUGGUCAUUGACUUACACAUUUGGAAGAAAUGCGCACCAGUAUAAUAUAUUUGAUACUGGUGUAAACUUGAACUUUGUGUUUUUAUGAAAAUUCAUUUAUGAGAAUAUGUAAUAUAACUGAAGAGUAUUUUAUGUAUAUCUAUAUACACAAAUAUGUAUUUGUUAUGAGGUAUUAAAAACAGGGGUUGGGGGGAGUGCUUCUGAUGGCUAACUUUUCUCUAAUUAAACUAUGUUUCUUUUGAGUUGUGAACGACCAAGUCUGGGGUCUGGAUGGCCAUUGAUAAGAUUUAGAACCACUUGGAUGGAAAGCAAUUCUUCACUGGUUUUAUUCUUGGUAUUUUCAAAGAAUUAUUUUGAUAUUUUUAAUAGAAUGUGUAAUUUUAAAAUACACAAAAAACUUAAAGUAGUAUUGAUUAUACAAAUGAUUAUUUAACAUGUUCUAUGGAUGUAUCUAUAUGUAUAUAGACAGUAAUAUAUUUAUAAAACAAAUAUACUUUGCUUAUGUUAUAGCUCUUAGUUUGUGACAGGUUGGAGGAUGGCUCUGGGUGUGUGUGUGUGUGCGUGUGUGUGUGUGUGUGUUUUCAGAACUCUCAAGCUGUUUUCCCUCUGAUUUACAAUGGUAUUUACUUUAAAGUAUGUUUGGUUUUCAUUAUUCUUUUUGCUCUCCAACUUCCUUAUUCAAGAUAAAAUAAGAUGUACAGUUUUCUGGCCAUUCUGUUGGUAUGUGGUGCACCCAUUUUAUUGUCAUCUAACUCCUGGAGAAUUCCCACGUGACCUGAAAUCAAACAGAUUCUGGCUGGGCAUAAAUAUAUUAAAUAUGGUAAUUCAGCUAACAGUUAAGUUUCCAAGGUAUACACCAACAAAUAAAAUGAGGUAUUAAAAAGAGACGAAUUACACACAUGCAUUAGAAUAAGAGAAAACAGAGUGUUAAUAAAAGUAAAGAAACAUACACUGUCUUAGCCCCCUAGGGCAGGGGUUGACUUUUUCUGUAAAGGAUCAGAUAGUAAAUAAUACAGGAAUCAUAUGGACUUCAAAUGCCAUUGUAAAAACUACUCAUGUCUGCCUUUAUAGCAUAAGAACAGCCACAGAUAACAUGUAAAUGAGUGUGGCUGUGUUCCAAUAAAACUUUAUUUACAGAAACAGGAAGCCGGUCAGAUUGGGCCUGUGGGCCAUAGUUUGCUGAUCUCAAGCAGUAAAUCCUAGUAUGUUAAUAGAAGAAAUCAUAAUUGCAUUUCAGUUGACAUUAAAAGAAAAUCUGGUAGUUUUCGAUGUCCUUCAAAAGAGGAUUGUUAGACAUUCAUAUUAAAACAUCUUAAUUCAUUUGAGUUUUUUUUACCUGUUUACACCCAUUAUUUAUUAGAGAGAUUUCUUGUAUUUAACCACAAAAGAAGCACUCUGUUAAAAUGUUUUAAUAUGUAUUGAAUUUCUUUCAUGAACCUUUCAUUUCUGUUGAUAAAUGGAAUCCCUUACCAAACUUUUGUUUUUUAAAGUCUCAUGGACCAAAGAAAUUCUGUUGCAGCAUUUAAUUAGCCACAAAUACAUUUUGGCUGCAUUUACCAGUUACAUUUUUCUGUUGGUUUUGGCUUCUAAUAAAUAACAUAUCUGCCAUUCUUUAAAAAUGAUUUUUAAAAAGAUAAAUAUACUGUAAUUUCACAUGCUAUAGCUUUAUUCUGUAAGAUUAAAAAUUGUGACUAGCAUGAUUGUAGCUAUAAUAUGAGUGGCAUGUUACAGUGUAACUCUUUAUGAGAAAUAAAAGGUAUCUCUGCUUUGUCUGUCCAGAUCUUUAGGAUUUUUAGAUGCCUUGGGACUGUCCUUGGUGAAUGAUAUUCUUCAUAUGAUGAUAUGUAAUUUUGAAUUCGUUGGAAGUACACGCUGCUGAGCAUGUUCAUUCGCAGUGCUUUAUACCGGGUGUUGCAUCAAUAACAUCAUUUUCAUAAGAACAUUUAAACAGCAUGAACAUCAUUAUCCACUUAAAUAGUUAAACUUUCUUUUAAAAUUGGAAUGCAACUCUAGGUUUUAACAAUGUUUAUUGUUUUUUAAGUGGUUACUUUGUUUUUCCUUAAUACUUUCUAUUAACUUACUUAUUACUCCUGUUGCAGUGUUACUGUUAUGUAUUAGAAGUGGCUUUUCCCCUAAGAUCCUUAGUCUUUCAGAUUUAAAGACAAUUUAAGGUAUUGGCCAUUUGGCAGUAGAAAAUGUGCAUGUUUUAACUUGGUUUUAUAAAAUCCAUAACGUUUUACUUCUUGAACCAUGUACCAAAUUUGCCAGUUUUCUGUCCAAGUAUUUCAGAUGAAUAACAAAAUGUUGUUCAUUAAAGCUUUCGCCACCUUUCUUAAAGCAGCUUAUGUUCCAAGGGAAAAAGGCAUUGAAAAGCAAUCGUUUGUUUUUAUGAAGAAUAUGUGUUCAAAUUCCUUCAGUUUUUUUGAAAUUAUAAAUUUCUUACCUUAUGUGAAAUAUUCACAAACGUGCAAACAAACUUCUGCAGAGACAAAGCAUUUCACUGCAAGUGUACCAGGUUAUUGAUUUUAUCUUUUCCUUUCAGGGUUUUUUCCUCCCAAACCAGAGUCGUAUGCUGCUAGUAGAAUUUUUUAUUUGAUCCUGCGAACUUUUCUUAUAGGAAAAGUAAGGCAAAGGAUGUUUAGUGCAACCAUCUGAUAAACUAAUGUGAUUGUAUUUAUCCUCUGUUCUGUGUAUUUCUGUAAUGGAAUCUUUACAAUUCCCAAAGCAGUAUUUUAGACCUACUGGAAAUCUGUAUCAAAACAGCUAUGUGAUUCUGCCACUGAGAAAAAAAAUUUUUUUAAUUCGUUUUUCUUAUGCUGGUUUGUUUUUCUUUAAUGAAGAAAUUGAUCUCAUAUGGCACCAUAGAUGCUAAAUAAAUAAAAGCAUCAUACUUCUCUAGUUUGCAUUCAGUGGGUCACAUUAUGAGCGUUGUGUAAGAUAAACACAUUGUCAGUAUCAAUGUAAAUGUUAGAGCCAUGAUUAAUUCCUAUGAAAAUUGAAAUUAAAUGUCAAAGACAACUAGACAUAACUUAAGGCAUGAUGAGAGUGUUUUUUUUUCCUGAACCCGUCAUUAUAGUGUUGGUUCCCGGUGCUUUUGAAGUAUGAUCAGGUGUCUGGCUAAGAGUAUUGUUGGUAGGGACCUCAUCCAGGGAGUUUGUAAGGUAAUGCUACAUGGCACGGACAUCCUCUUUUCUGAUUAUGAGGGCUGCCAGUUGAUUUAAACUGUAUCGAAAAGGCUGGGCGCAGUGGCUCACACCUGUAAUCCCAACGCUUUGGGAGGCCAAGGUGGGCAGAUCACUUGAGGUCAAAAGUUUGAGACCAGCCUGGCCAACAUGGUGAAACCCCAUCUCUACUAAAAAUACAAAAAAAAAAAAAAAAAAAUUAGCUGGGCUUCAUGGCGCACGCCUGUAAUCCCAGCUACUUGGGAUGCUGAGGCAGGAGAAGGCUGCAGUGAGCCAAGAUUGCGCCACUGCAGUCCAGCCUGGGUGACAGAGUGAGACUCCGUCUCAAAAAAAAAAAUGUAUCAAAAAGACUCAUAUUGGUGCAGUGGUAUUUACUAGGAUGCACAAAACUUUGAGCCCUGAUGUCCAUGACACCCUGACAGGUAGUGGGGCACAGAGAACGAGGGUCCACACAUCCCGCUUCUAGUUAACUUCUUUAGCUGGCCUGGAAUGUACGGGGCCACAUAGCCAACAGGAAUAAGGAUUUUGUUUGUAAAAAUAAAUUGAAUAGAUUUGAAUGAACAGAAGCUGAAAUUUUUAUCUCUAAUAGUUGUUGAGGCUGGAAAACUUAGAUCAUUGUGGGGAAAUGCUCUGCUUCUGUGAAAUUCCUGCACAGAUUGGGAGAGAUUGCAGUCAGCUGUCAGGUACUCCAGGGCUGUGUUUGAAUCUCAGUCCUGCACCUAUUACUAUGGUAACUAUAUAUAUGAGACACAAUAUGUAAAAUUUGGGCAAAUUCUCUUUCAGAGUCUUUCAUACACAGUUGUGAAAUGAUCCGAAUGCCUAUCUCACAGGCUUAUUAUCACUAGCUACAUGGUGGCGAUGACCGUGGGCGUAAGGAUGACUCAAGGACAGAUGCAAACAAAUACAAUGCGGCAUCCACCCUGUUCUUGCUGAAGUAAAACAGCAAUCUUCGCUGUAUCCCGACUAUUCUAGACAGCAGUGUCUUCCUGACCCAAUUGUCCUAAUAAUUUUCUCUUAAUGAAAUACUCUGUUUCCGAUGCAGUCACCGUAUUGUCAUGGUCUUCAUGAUUUAGCAUGUGGACGUUCUGUGUCAUUGCGUGAGAAGCCACUAUUUCAGAGAGCAGGUUUCUCCUCCUACAUUGCUUUUUGGACCUUUGCUUUUCUUCUUUUUCCCUAAAAUUUCCAUUUGCAUUGUUAAGUAUUCUUUUUUUCCCCCACUUGAUUACUUUAAGCUGUGUAACUGCGAGCUUAUGGGUUUAGACCAUUUAUUUUGGCUCUGCCAGCAGAUUUGAUUAUUGAUGUUUGAUUGUGGACAGAGGAGUCAGCAUAUUUAAAAUAAGCAUUAGGUGUGAGAGUUCCCCAGGUACUUCCACAGGCUGAGCCAAGAAUCCAGGAGAAUAUUCUAUUAGGCAACAGUGUUACCUGGGGUAAGGACUGUAUUUCUUCUCCACCUAUAUCACUGGGUAAGAAGAAUGGGUUAAUACUCACUGAUGAGAAUCUACAAUGAACUCCAACAAAUUUACAAGAAAAAGACAACCCCAUCAAAAAGUGGGCGAAGGACAUGAACAGACACUUCUCAAAAGAAGACAUUUAUGCAGCCAAAAAACACAUGAAAAAAUGCUCACCAUCACUGGCCAUCAGAGAAAUGCAAAUCAAAACCACAAUGAGAUACCAUCUCACACCAGUUAGAAUGGCAAUCAUUAAAAAGUCAGGAAACAACAGGUGCUGGAGAGGAUGUGGAGAAAUAGGAACACUUUUACACUGUUGGUGGGACUGUAAACUAGUUCAACCCUUGUGGAAGUCAGUGUGGCGAUUCCUCAGGGAUCUAGAACUAGAAAUUCCAUUUGACCCAGCCAUCCCAUUACUGGGUAUAUACCCAAAGGACUAUAAAUCAUGCUGCUAUAAAGACAUAUGCACACGUAUGUUUAUUGCGGCAUUAUUCACAAUAGCAAAGACUUGGAACCAACCCAAAUGUCCAACAAUGAUAGACUGGAUUAAGAAAAUGUGGCACAUAUACACCAUGGAAUACUAUGCAGCCAUAAAAAAUGAUGAGUUCACGUCCUUUGUAGGGACAUGGAUGAAAUUGGAUAUCAUCAUUCUCAGUAAACUAUCGCAAGAACAAAAAA